UAUUAAUCCAGCAGUUGCGUGUUGGAUGCUUUUCUUUCACUCUGACUGAAGUGGGGAAAAAGAGAAACAGCAGUGAAUUGACUGCGUAUUGAAACACAGCAUCACUACUAAUUUUCUUGCGAGUUUUGUUUCUCAAACAAAAGCUAGAGACUGUAAUGCGUAAUUGAGCACCGUAAUAAUUUUUUUUGUAUUUGCUCUGCCCACCUGAUCGGAUGAAAAUCCUUUAGCCCGCGCCUGAGGAUUACAACUUCCGCUGUAACAUCCUCCCUAAUUACCUAAUAGCAUUGCUGCAAGACUCCUGCCAAUAAUGAAACACUUUUGAGCGUUAACCGCAGUGAUUGGAGAUGUGAUGACAACACGAUAGCAGCAAAUUACGCCCCCUCAGCUGAGACGCAGCUCAAGCACACUUGUCUCUGCGCGGGUUUCAAUAUCUACAAUUAAACACAAGCUCACAGUGACAAACCACGGGUUAGGCUAUCUCAACCUUGCGCUUUGUAGAAACAGGACCGUUUUCCAGGAACGGUUUGUUGUUGCUGUUUUUUUGUUUUAUUUUGUUUUUUUGUUUUUUGUUUUUUUGUUGUUGUUGUUUUGUUUUGUUUUUUAAUCAAAAGAGAAUAUAGGCCUAGUCUGAAAUUGAGAAUAGAAUUCUUGCAUGAAAGCAACAGGUUGCAUCAAUGGAGCCGCAUUUCUUCUUGUAAUCGAUAAAUAACCAUAUUGUGGCGAAUCGACAUAAAUAACAUAUUUGGAGCUAUAGUAUAAUUGUUUUAUACCAGUCAUUCUGAACACGCUGCGGAAAAUAAUCGGGUAUAUCCUCUCUCUAGAGUCCACAUAGAAUACAGAAGCAGCUGUGUGUUUAAAUAAGCACGGCCUGGCUAAAACACCAGGAGUCGAGCUAUAGUGCAAGAGGGUUUUUCAGCCUCCCUCUGCGCCGCCGCCCCUCUAAUUAAUCCGUAGAGGACUAAUUCAAUUCCCCGCCCCGCAGGCGCGUGAUUGGCCGAGCGCAGACUCUACAACGCAAUUUACGGGCUGUCACUCAAAUCCCAAUAAAUAGUAAUGUACCUGGCGGUGGAUAGACGGAGAGAUUUACGUUUCUGCGUCUUUUCCCCCCCUCCAUAAGGUUUGCAGACGAAGGUAAGAGGCCUGGAGGUUUUUAUUUUACGCAAACAAGCGGCGAGAACUGCGUUCCGGCCGAGCUCUUUCAAGAUGAACCUGAACUACACGUCUCCGGGCGCGCAGAUGCCCACCCAGAGGUCAACAUCCUUCUUCAUUGAAGAUAUUCUGCUCCAUAAGCCUAAACCUCUGCGGGAUGUUUUCCCGUCGCCUUUCUCCAACUCGCUCGCAUCUCGGAUGCCUCUGCUCGAAUACGGAUACCCUCUCAUGCCCACCCCGAUCCUCGCAUCUCAUCCGCACCAUCCGCUGCACAAACCAGAGCAUCACCCCUACUUCUUCACCUCUGGAGUGCAGAUGCCAUCGUUGUUCCAGCAUCACCCGGAACUACCCGGGAAACACUGCAGGCGCCGGAAAGCGCGCACAGUGUUCUCGGACUCGCAGCUCUCCGGACUGGAAAAGCGCUUUGAAAUGCAGCGGUACCUCUCCACACCAGAGCGCGUGGAGCUGGCCACAGCACUCAGCCUCUCAGAAACACAGGUGAAAACUUGGUUUCAGAACCGGAGGAUGAAGCAUAAAAAGCAAUUAAGGAAAACGCAGGAGGAGCAGAAGACACCCGGGGACUCGGACAGAUCUCUGGAGAACUCGAGCGCCGGCGAGCUGAACGACAAAAGCGCAGGAGACGCAAAAGACGGAAUGAGUCCGGACAGAUACACAGUGGACGAAAACGAAGACGAGGUCGAUAUUGAGGAUGACAUCUGCUCCCCUGAACAUUUACUAUAGACCGAAGAACAUGAACUAAACCGUCCAUGUACAUAUCGAUUUCUGAAUUUUAGAUAGGAAAUUCUAUUUAGCUUUUUU